AUGCUAACCCCAACCCCCAAUUCCAUCCGCGCCCUCCAAGCUAUCAGCAUAGCACUCCUCACCACCACCGCCGGGGCCAGCGCAAGCCUCUCCGUCUUCCUAGUCCCGCGGCUCAUGGAAUCCCCCACACCCCUCAUGGUGGGGCAGUUCUUGCGCGCCAUAUCCUCCGCCCGUCAACGAUUGACGAUCCCGCUAAUACUUCCGGGCAUCCUUCACGCGUAUCUCGCGUAUCUAGUACCCGGAAAGGCGCGUGUGUACGUUAUUGCGGCUACGCUAACACUCAGCACAUUGCCGUGGACGCAUUUUGCGAUUACUCCGCUGAAUCGCGAGAUGGAGGAGCGAUUCAUGACCCUGGAUGCGGAGUCCAAGACUGCGCACCAGUUGGUGGAUUCGUGGGCUAUGAGGAAUUUGUAUAAACCUAUUGUGAAUCUUGCAGCUGGCGUUAUUGGGUUGUAUGCCGCCAUGUGGUAA